GCAAAGUGUAAAAUAUUAUCGCUCUCUUAUUCUGAUGCUGGGCAAGAUUGUGUUGUCCUUAACUGCUCUUUACAGGUAAUAUGAUGGCUGCAUUACAGGCAGCUCUGAAGAACCCUCCAAUCAACACCAAGAGUCAAGCUAUAAAGGAUCGUGCAGAAAGUAUUGUCCUGAAGGUUCUCAUCUCUUUCAAAGCCAGUGAUAUCGAAAAGGCAGUACAGUCUUUGGAUAAGAAUGGAGUUGAUCUUUUAAUGAAAUAUAUCUAUAAGGGCUUUGAAAGCCCCUCUGACAACAGCAGUGCUGUCUUACUGCAGUGGCAUGAAAAGGUAUGGUAGUAAGGAUGACAGUCC